CAUUUUGGCAGGUAAGAAAAACCAUAUCAACACUUGACUUCCCACUCCUGGUCCCUUCCUCGAUCGUGACAAGAGUUUGAUCGGACGUCAAGUACCAUAUUUUUGAGUUUGUCUGGCUUCUGCUGGAACGAUAUCAUCGCCCAAGAUGCUCAAGAUAUUCCUCUCCGUUUUCAUCCUGUUACGACUCUUCGCCAUGGCCAGUGCACAAGCAUCAAUGGAGCAGCUCGAGGAGCUGCUGGCAGCUCUUCCUCAUUGCGCGGCUAUCUGCGCUGAGACCAUUGUUCCUACUUCAACAUGUGCUCUGACCGAUCUUACGUGCAUCUGCGAAGAUACCGCCAUGUUGGCCCAAGUAUCUUCAUGUACUCAGGCCAACUGCACGAUCGUUGAAUCACUGACUGCUCAGAACAUCACUUUAUCCACCUGUGGUGUCACGCCGCACAAUGACUCACAUAUUUAUGUCGUGGUGGUAUCAGUGUUUCUGGUGGUGGCUAUCCUAUUCUACCUCGUUCGACUCUACGUUCGACCACCCUUCACGCCUCUCUUCCGUAUCGAUGAUGCUAUCAUGUUGGUUGCAACAAUUUCCAUCAUCGUCUUCACUGGUGUCAACUUGGAAGCCGCCCAUCUUGGCCUAGGUCAGGAUAUCUGGAAUGUCGCACCUGACAACAUCGAUACCGUGUUAAAGAAUUUCUUCAUUGGCGAAUUUUUGUACAUCUUCAUCGGCGUCCUCACCAAGCUGGCCGUCUUGGUCUUUGAGCUCAAGGUGUUUGCUCAACCUCUCUUCCAAAAGAUGGGCUAUAUUGUCAUGGCGGGCUGCAUCCUUUACUUUGUUGCCUUCAUGUUCAUUCUCGGCUUCGAGUGCACGCCCGUCUCGUUUUUCUGGACACAAUGGCGGGACCCUUCAGCAGGCAAAUGUAUCAACAUCAACGCUGGAGGAUGGGCAGCAGCAGCAAUCAACAUUGCCCUUGACCUUUCGAUUCUCAUAAUUCCGAUCCCGGUGAUCAUGAAGCUUCAGAUCUCAAGGCAACAGAAGGUUCAAAUCUUGAGCAUGUUUGGCGUGGGGGCAUUCAUCACCGUCAUCAGCAUCAUCAGACUUCAAGCGCUCAUCACAUUUGCAACCGAGACAAACUUGACCUACAAUCUCCUACAAACCUCUAUUUGGAGUUCGAUCGAGUUGUACGUCAGCGUCAUCUGUGCAUGCAUGCCGGCCUUUCGUCUUUUCCUGCAAAGAAUCUGGCCCUCCAAGUUUGCAAACUCAGGGAAGGGGUCGUAUGGAAAUUCUUACGUCCGACAACCCAAUGUGGUUGACCCAGCACCGCCUCAACAGGCAUCUGCUGGUCUUCCCCGAAAUCACAUUACCAAGUCCAUGGAUGUGAAUGUGUCGGAUGUCCGUCGCGAUACGGAUGAAAUGGAGUUGAGAGAGCAAUCUGAGUGGGAUGGCCAACCGAAGACGACUACUUCUUUCAUUGGGCACGCGGUUUGAUGUGACUGCGUACCUAGCUUUCUUAUAUAACGAAUGAAACCAUGAACUGUUGGAACUACGCGGGACGCCACAUACAUUGUUGUCAUCGCAUGAAUGAGGCUGGCUUUCCUAGCCAGAUUGUCACGAAAUUAAGGUUGGCGAGGCUGAGACGAACAUCAAGGAAACGCCAAAC